GAAUCGCUUGACGUUGAACCGCAGCCCCUUUCGUCUCCAGUUUUGCAGAUCUCCAUUUUCUUCGGGCCACUAUUCAGGAAAAGAGGAGAAAAUUAUUGGGAAAAUGAAUGAAGAAUACGACGUUAUCGUGCUGGGUACCGGACUGACGGAAUGCAUCCUGUCAGGGAUCAUGUCGGUGAAGGGGAAGAAGGUCCUGCACAUGGACCGGAACUCCUACUACGGGGCAGAGAGUGCUUCCAUCACUCCCCUGGAGGAUCUGUAUAAACGCUUCAGUCUCCCAGGCGCCCCACCGGAGUCCAUGGGAAAAGGCCGGGACUGGAAUGUGGACCUCAUCCCGAAGUUUCUCAUGGCCAACGGUCAGUUGGUCCGCAUGCUGCUGAUCACACAGGUGACGCGCUACCUGGACUUCAAGGUGAUUGAAGGCAGCUUCGUCUACAAGAAGGGCAGCAUCUACAAAGUGCCCUCCACCGAGACCGAGGCCCUGGCAUCGAGUCUGAUGGGGCUGUUUGAAAAACGGCGCUUCAGAAAGUUCCUGGUUUUCGUGGCCAACUUUGACGAAAACGACCCCAAGACCAUGGAGGGCGUGGACCCCAACAAGACGACGAUGAGGGACGUGUUCAAGAAGUUUGACCUGGGCCAGGACGUCAUCGACUUCACAGGACACUCCCUCGCCCUCUACCGGACAGACGAGUACCUGGACCUGCCUUGCAUGGACUCGCUAAACAGGAUCAAGCUGUACAGUGAGUCUCUGGCCAGAUAUGGCAAGAGUCCGUACCUCUACCCCCUCUACGGCCUGGGGGAGCUGCCCCAAGGGUUCGCCAGACUAAGUGCUAUCUAUGGAGGAACCUACAUGCUGAACAAGCCCAUUGAGGAGAUCGUCGUGGAGGAUGGAAAAGUAGUGGGAGUCAAGUCUGAGGGAGAGAUCGCCCGCUGUAAGCAGCUGAUCUGCGAUCCCAGCUAUCUAAUGGACCGCAGCACCAAGGUCGGUCAGGUGAUCCGGGUCAUCUGCAUCAUGAGCCACCCCAUCAAGAACACCAGCGACGCAAACUCCUGUCAGAUCAUCAUCCCCCAGAACCAGGUCAACAGGAAGCACGAUAUCUACGUGUGCAUGAUCUCCUAUACUCAUAAUGUGGCAGCACAGGGGAAGUAUGUGGCCAUCGUCAGCACCACAGUGGAGACGGACAACCCUGAGAUGGAGGUCAAACCAGCCAUGGACCUGCUGGAGCCUGUCGAGCAGAAGUUUGUGAGCAUCAGUGACCAGUACGCACCAACUGACAUGGGUGCUGAAAGCCAGAUCUUCAUGUCCCGUACCUACGAUGCUACCACCCACUUCGAGACCACUUGCGACGACAUCAAGGACAUCUACAAGAGGAUGACGGGUAUAGAAUUUGACUUUGCAGAGAUGGAGCGCAAGAAGAACGACAUCUUCGGUGACGCAGCUGACCAGUAGAGAAACAAGAGAGUCUGCAACACUCGUGAAUAUCAGAUGUUUGCUGCCGACCACUGAAAUCUUUCAAAAAUAAGGAAAACCAUACAAAUAUAGAUAAAUGGGCUGGCUGAUGAUCCAAGUGUAUGUUUUUCCCGUUAUGGAAGUUCACACUAUAUAUAAAGUUAUAAUAUAGCAUCGCUGGAAAAGGGGGGCCAGGCGGGAGUUAUGCUUUUUAUAAUCACUUUCAGAGAGCUGUUGCACUGAACAUUGGUAUACAUACGCCCUACAUUCUUUUUCAUAAUGUAACUGAUCAUUUUCUCUCCUGGAUGAGGGUGUUUAGUCCACAGAUGCCAAAUCAAUUGAUCAAUCAAAAGAAAACAGUACCACAGUGUGGGAGGGUCAAAUUUAUUUUGUCCAAAAACUAAAAAAUAAAUAAUGCAAACAUGUAAAAACAUAAGUGUAUUGGGGAAAUGAAUCAUGAAAUGUUAUCUGAUCAGUUGUAUUUUUCUUGUCAGGUGUUUUUUUUGUGAGGGAGGUAAGUGAGUGGCUUGGCUUGUUCCAGUUAUAAUGAAGCACUAUUCCUAUAGGCCAUAACCAAAAAAGGGUUUGGCCAGCAAAGCUUCAUUUGACCACCAAUAACCAUGUGUGAGAGAGGAAGCUUUUAAUUGUUUCCGUGACCAGCUAAUAUAAAUACUCCAUCGAUUGUGA